GCUCGGACGACCAUGUCAGUCAAAGCGGAAUUGAACGUCGACGAGACUAAAUUCAUGGAUCUAAGUGCCAUCGGGUGCAGUUUGUUACUGGAACAGCCCAACUACACUUGUGCUGGUGCUCGAUCAGAUACCAGCAUCACGGUGACCAUGUCCGGGCCCAACGCCAUAUCCGGUCAAGGCGGAAUCUACCAGUCCAGCAACUACCUUAGUCCACGUCAGGCUCCUCCUCCGCCCUAUCCUGGCGGACUGACGCCUUACCAAACGCCUUACCAUUCGCCCUACGUCAGCCCUUAUGCAACGCCGUUCCAAACACCGUCGCCGAGCCCCCUGUCGUCAGUCCAAUCCAGUCCGGGCACUUCCACGUGCCACAGGACCAAAGGCCCUGGCAUCGACGACGAAUUGGCAAUGAUCCUCGAAAGUGAUCCAUUCAUUUGGGAACAGCAGCCUGGCAAUAUUCAAUCGGCGAUUCAGGAAACAAUCAAGCAACCACCGCCACCUUAUCCGCUACAGCCGGAUCGGGUCACAGGACGCCCGCCGCAUCCGCGCUCGUCCCCGACGACCCAACCGUCGCGGACCCAAUUGAAACAGCAACUCCAGCGACAACAGCUCGAGCAGCAGGAGCGUCGCGAGCGCGAACUAAUCAAACUCCACCAAUCCGCCGGAAGGGCGGCCAGUUGCCCUUCUGAGAAACUGGGGAUUCCCAUCAUCGUCCCGCCUCAGCAACAGCCGACCGUGAUGGAACCCGUGUCGGUUCCGCCGCAAGUUUUGACGGUGCGCACCCGGCUGGAGAAUCCGACACUCUACCACGUCAUCGAAUCGCGGAAGCGCCAGGUGCGCGAAUUCCUCCAGCAGGGACAUCAACAACAAGGGUCCGAUUCGUGUCCGCUGGAUCAGCGACCCAUCACCGCGGUCAAUUCCGCCCCGCCCGGCGGAUUCGUCAUCCCCCUGACCCACCAGCAUCCCUCCUCGUCAGCAGCUCCGACCGACGCCGAGGCGGACGAUUUCUUGGAAGACAUAUUGAAUCUGGAAGCAGGUCUGGAAGAGGCUGAUCGCAAUCGAGUCAUGGACGCCACAUCUGAACAUCACCAACACCAAACUCUUCCGCCCGAGGUGAGCGAUUCGGGCAGUUUGAUGGAACACUUUUUGACUUUGAGCUCAACGUUACAUCACCACAUGGAUCACGUUCCACUGCCGACAGCGCUCGAGCUGCCAGGCAGCACCAAACAGCUAACGUCCGGCAACACCAGCAGCAGCACGCCGCCCGGCAAGGGUACGACGACAUCCGUUAGCGAUAACGUGGAUUACGUGCCCAUCAUCACCGGAGCCUUCACUGCUGCAGGAUUGAAAGGAUCGGGAUCGGGAUUGACCUCGGGACCACCUUCGUCGCUAACUUCUCCGAUGACGUCGCCGACCUCGUCGCCUUGCCACCAUCCGUUGCGGAGCAGCUCGCAUCUCUCCAACGGCAAUCACCACCACCAUCACCACCACCGCGGAUCCAUCGACUCGGUUUUCGUCGACUUGGAUCUCAGCGGCUCCGGUACGGAAUUUGGGGCCGGCGGCGGCGGGCUGUCGGCCUCGCUAGCCGGUGAUUCGACCGGCGGAGUAGUCGACUUACGUGCGCUAGCCAAAGAUCGCCAGAAGAAAGAUAAUCACAACAUGAUUGAGCGGAGGCGCAGGUUCAACAUCAAUGACCGGAUCAAGGAGCUGGGCACUCUGCUACCGAAGAGUAACGACCCUGAUAUGUGCAGGUACUACGACUGCUUCCGCGACGUCCGCCAGAACAAGGGAGGCAUCCUCAAAGCCUCGGUGGAUUACAUCCGCCGGCUGAGACAUGACCGCGACCGUCUGGCCCAAAACGAGGCCCGACAGAGGCAGCUGGAAUUGCAAAACAGGCGGCUACUGCUCCGGAUCCAGCAGCUGGAACUCCAAGCCAAAACGCACGGACUGCCGCUUCCGGCUUCCGAUUCGGAAGGAACCUGGACCGAUCCGCACCUGACGUCGGCCCCGUUAACGCCAUCCACUCCGCCUUACAUCAAGACGGAGCCCCGUGACGACAACUCAUUCCGAAAAGUCCCCGACUUGAUUCCGGAGAUCGGCGGAAGUGGCCUGGCUGUCGCUUGCGAAUUCUCGUCACUGGACGACUUUAUGGAAGAUGAUUUCAACCAGGCGACCAGAGGAGAUCCUCUACUUAGCAGCUCUCACGCUUCCGCCAAUCAGUCUCACACUCAUCUGAUCGGCCAUUUCGAAACCCAUCCGGAUGACCAUCACCACCACCACCAGGGCGGCGCCGACCUGUCGCAGGAUCGCAACUACCAACCGUCCGAAGAGGACGAAUCGCUCAGUCCGGAAUCACUGGAUCGUAUGGAGCUGUCGGCAUGAUCGACGGAUGUCGCCCGUACGACUUCCCUUUUUUUUACUGUAUCCUGCUUUUUGAUUCGCGAAGAGUAGAGAUGGAGAAUGGAGUAAAACAGGAAAAUAACACGUACACAAAUCAGCUAUACACAUGAGAAUCUAUCUCGACCAAGUUACAAAAAAAAAAAGGUUUUCUGACCGGCACGUCAACACCAAUCCAUAUCCUCCGCACUCUGUAUACAAUGAACCGCUCGCACACACGAUGGAUUUAUUCCACCAGUUUUUUUUUCCUUCAAACGCCAACUAUAUGCAAAGCAAAUAAUUAAAUUGAUGAGUGUAAUAUUUUUUUUUUGUAAUUGUGUCUCUCGGGGUUAAUUAUUUACCGUGCUGUUCAAUGUGUCGUUUUGGUUCUUAACCAAAGCGAAACCAAUUCUUUUCGCUGUCAUCAUCACGUCAAUUCUUUUUUUUUUAUCAUGGCUUACGGAUUGUUUGUUUUCUUUUCGAUUUUCCUGGUGAUUCAUUUUCAUUUCCUUCACACGCCAACAGAAACAAGUUAAACAAAAUUGUGUGGCACUGUAGUAGCGUCAUGGUGCGGGUAAAUCGUAUUUCGAUUUGAGAUUUUUAUAUAUCGGUGUUAAAUUUUCAUUCUCUUCAUCUCUGACAAACCCCUCCCCUCCCCCCACCUUCCCGUGCUUUGUACAGUGUUUGGUCUAUCCUCUUGUUGUUGCUGUUGUUGUG